AUGGGCGCUGCAACUUCAUCUACCUUCACGGGGCUUGUCUUCCCCCAGCCCCGCCUCGGCCUAGCGCUCCCAGCCUCCGCACAAACCAGGGCUGUGUGGCGGGUGGCCGUUCUGGGACUGGCUGCCGCCGCCGCGCUGACCGCAGCCGCCUGGAGCACAAGAGGCUGGCGUUGGCGUUGGCGGCGGCAGAGGCAGCGGCAGCGGCUGCAGCAGGUGGGCACCGUGGCUCAACUCUGGAUCUACCCCAUCAAGUCCUGCAAGGGGGUGCCUGUGAACGAGGCAGAAUGCACGACGAUGGGGCUGCGCAGCGGACACCUGAGGGACAGGUUUUGGCUCAUCAUAAAAGAAGAUGGGAACAUGGUCACUGCUCGACAGGAGCCCCGCCUGGUGCUGAUUUCCCUAACCUGUGAAAAUGACUCCUUGACCCUCAGUGCAGCCUAUACUCAGGACCUGAUUCUGCCCGUCAAAGCCCCCACCUCCAAUGUGGUACGCAAGUGCAGAAUUCGUGGCUUGGAUAUUGAAGGAAGGGAUUGUGGCGAUGAGGCAGCCCAAUGGAUUACCAGCUUUCUGAAGACACAGCCCUAUCGGCUGGUGCAUUUUGAACCUCACAUGCAGCCAAGAAAUUCCAAACAAAUAGAGGCUGCUUUCCGGUCUAUAGAUAAGGUGGCUUAUCCUGAUGCCAGCCCUUUCUUGAUUAUCUCUGAGGCAUCCUUGGCAGAUCUCAAUUCCAGGCUUGAGAAGAAAGUUAAAGCAAACAACUUCCGACCAAAUAUAGUGAUUUCAGGAUGUGGAGUUUUUGAGGAGGAUUCUUGGAAUGAAAUUCUCAUUGGUGAUGUGGAAAUGAAAAGGAUAAUGGCUUGCGGCCGGUGCAUUUUGACAACGGUAGAUACAGACACUGGCAUCAUGAAUAGGAAGGAGCCCCUGGAAACCCUCAGGAGUUAUCGGCAAUGUGAUCCUUCAGACCAAAAGGUGUAUGGCAAGGCACCUCUCUUUGGACAGUAUUUUGUCUUAGAAGAUCCAGGAACUAUCAAAGUGGGAGAUCCAGUGUACCUCUUGGACCAGUAACAGUAGCAUUAUUUUCUUGGGUGGCAGAUCCCUUUUGUGUUCUUGCUGGGAAAUAACUACUUUUAAGCACAGUUUUUGGCAAUGAAUAGCCUUAUAAUCUCUUCUGAUCUAAAUGUUCCAAGUUUUUCAUCUCUAAGGCUUCCUUGUAUCUUCCAGUGUCCCAGAACACCAAGAGAAGAAAUGAGCCCUUCAUAACACCACUAGAACUUCUGAGAGUCACCUAAAUGAUAAGGCAGACUUUGGAUAGUUCCCAUUUUUAAUAGGGAGUAUUAGGGUGGGUGAAUAAGGGUGGGCAAUGGGCAAGGAAAACACUCAUUUAAGACUGUUGAGGAAUGGAGAAUGAGAUGUAAUGAUCUCUUCUUUCUUGCUCUACCUUUGCAUCACUACUACCCUUGGGGGAGAGAGGAAAAGGAAAAAGAAAAGGCAGUAAGGUAAAAAGAACAGACAAUACUUUGGAGAGUGCCUUUUAUUGUUGUUCAUUCACUUUUAGUUGUGUCUGACUCUUUGUGAUGCCUUUUGGGGUUUUCUUGGCAAAGAUACUGGAGUGGUUUGCCAUUUUCUUUUCUAGUUAAUUUUAAAGAUGAGGAAACUGAGCCAGAUGGGGUCAAGUGACUUAAGUCCUACAGUUAGUAAAUGUCUAAGACCAGAUUUGAACUCAGGAAGAUGAACCUUCCUGACUUCAUGUCUAGCACUAUAUAUCCACUGUACCACCAGUGAGCUUACAUCUCUAUUUGAGAGAAGUUGAAUAACAAUUAAAUCAUACCUUAAAGAGAUACUGGAAUUCUUUCUUAUUUCUUUUGGAGAGCCAAUGUAACAUGGUAGAGUAGUGGACUCGUACUCAAGAAAAUUGAGUUCGUAUUCUAAUUUGACACGUAUCUAUGUAACCAUGAGUAAAUCAAUGAAUCUUUCUGAGCCUCAGUUUCCCUCUUAUAAAAUGAGAAUAGUAAUGUCUAGAGGAAAUUGUUUUGAGGAUCAAAUGGGAUAAUAUAUAUAAGGCACUUUGGAAAGCUUAAAGUGCUUUGUAAAUGUUUGUUAUUAUUAUCUUAUUCUAUGAUCUGGGGCUUUAAAAAAAAGUACAAAUUUGCUGUUCCUAAAUGGGCUUGGCACAACUGGUUUCUUAGAUGGGAUUGGUUAGGGUCUAAAUGAUGUUUCCUUGCCCCAGAUCCUGCCAUCUCUGUGCUAGCAUCAGCAUGACAGUCAGAUAAAAGUCACCAGCUAUCAAAUUGUGAUGAAAUUGAGGACAAACUAGCAGGUGUGUUUAAGUAUAAAACUAAAACAAAUGUUAACCCAUACCUUGUGUCUUAGAAUUGAUACUAUUGGUUCUAAAGCAGAAGAGCAGUAAGGGUGAGGCAGUUGGGAUCAAGUGACUUACCUAGGGUCACACAGUUAGAAAGAGUCUGAGGUCAGAUUUAAACUCAGGACCUCCUACCUCCAAGUCUGGCUUUCUAGCUACUGAGCUACCUAGCUAUCAUAUAACUUUAAAUCUUUAACUGUUUUUAAGUUGCAUCAGUGGCUUGGGUAAGGGCCCAGAGAAAUGAAAAUGCCCUCAGAUUUCAUGGACUUGAUAAAUGGUGAACUUUAAGGGACUGGCAGGUGAGCUCAGAAUGUCUAGGGGACUGGAAGAUAGUACAUGUGUGACUUGGUCAUUUUGUCAUUGGAGAAUUGAAAAAGGGAGGAGUGCAUCUCAGGAUCUUACUUUGGGAUGCUGCCUUCCGUGUGCAUGUUAAAUUUCUAUCUAAACCAUUAAAGUCACUCUAAACUGCUGUCACAAGUACCCAGAUAGUCUCUAACCCAAUACCACCAACUCUUUUCUUAAGCCCACCAGUUGUGUAACUGGGGGAGGUCUUGUCACCAGACCUGCAGCUUUAAUCAUCUAAUAUUGAAAGUCUCUGGAGUGUGUGUGUGGGGGGGGCAGAAAUAGAAAUGUGGCAGUGUGAUUUUAAAGUGGCCAACUGCUGAAGCAACUUUUAAAGGAAGCAAGAAGAGAAUCUUGUUUCUAAACAGAGAAAUGUCUUAUUUUUCUACUUAUUAAAUUACUGUUCUUAAAUAUAAUGAAUUCAUUAGAAUUAUCUCUCUUGUAUUCCUCAUUUUAUUUCUUUGUGGCAGGAGCCUGAUUAAAAUGUUUAAAUGUUUUUGAGCUACAAA